AUGGUGGACUUCACACCGGAACAGCUGGAGGCGUGUUUGCUACAGCUCACGCAUCCGGAUACCGAGCAGAUCAAGCAAGCAGAAGCCGUGCUCAAGACGUAUACCAAGCAGAUUGCGUCCGUAGGCGGCCUGCUCACCCAGCUGCAGCUCUCGACCAAGCCCGAGGUGCGGCAACUGGCGGCGCUUAUGCUGCGCAAGAAAAUCUUCAAGCACUGGCCCAAGCUGGACACUGCAGCUCAGGCUCAGGCAAAGCAGGUGCUGCUCAGCCGCGCUGCCGAGGACCCUGUGCACGUCGUGCGCUCCACUGUAGCCAACCUCAUUGCUGCGCUGGCGUUGCACGAGGUUCCAGCUGGCAACUGGCCCGAGCUUAUGAUGUUUAUCAAUUCGUGCGCCAACAGCUCGAGCGUGGACCAGCGCGAGAUGAGCAUGAAGCUGUUGCAGUUGCUGGGAGAAGGUAUGGGCACGUCGCUCCAGCCACACUUUCACGAUCUCAAGCAGCUGUACACAAAGGCUCUGCAAGACCCCGAGAAUCUCCAGGUUCGUGUGGGUGCGAUGCGCGCUGCCUGUAGCCUCGUGGACUUCCUUGAGGAGGCUGAUCUCCGUGAAUUCCGUGACCUCGUACCGCUCAUGAUCACGGUCUUGCAGCAGUGUGUGUCAAGUGGUGCUGAGGCAGAAGCCGUUGAGUUCAUGGACGUGUUUUCCGAGAUUGCGUCGCACCCGUUUCCGAUUCUGGACCAGGCUUUCCCGCAGUUUAUUGAGCUAUUGCUGCAGAUCAUCUUGGCCGAGCAGCUCGAGGUGAGCACUCGUGCGUCAGCUAGUUAUGCGAUCGGUGAGUUCAUCAAGAAAAAGCCAAAGACCAUCGGUAAGAAGAAUCUGGUAUCCAAGAUCUUCACCACGAUGCUGGACAUUGUGGCCGCCGACGAGGCUGUGUCCUGUGGUCUGAUUUCCAACCUGCUGGCGCGUGAAAACAAGGUCGACGGCGAGGAUGACGACGAGGACGACGAGUCCCCGGGGCACUUGGCUCAGCAGACUUUGGACUCGCUGGCUCUGAGUGUGCCUGCCAAGUACCUGAAUCCUGUAGUGUUUGGUAUUUGCAACGAGUGUAUCACGUCGCAAGACGCUCGUAAGCGGAAGGCUGGUGUGCUGGCCCUUGGCAUCAUGUCUGAGGGAUGCUGCGAAUUCAUGUGCCAGAAUUUGAACGAACUGCUGCCUGCUGUGUAUCGCGUCGCACAAGAUGCUGACCAGCACGUCCGUGAGGCCUCCUGUUUUGCCCUUGGUCAGUUUGCUGAGUUUCUGCAGCCGACGAUUACCGACCACUUUGCAGACAUCCUACCCAUUGGUCUGACGUUGCUCGACAAUGCGUCCAAGGUGAUCAAAGCUACGGCUCUGUAUGUGCUUGAUGAGAUCACACAGAGUAUGGAGAGCGACCAGGUCUUGCCGUAUCUGGAAACUCUGAUGACAAAGCUGGUGGAUGUACUGCGCACGGGCUCACCCCAGUUGCAGAAAAUGGCGCUCGAUGCUGUUGGAUCCAUUGCUAUUGGGGCCAAGGAUGCGUUCUUGCCCUAUUUUGCUUCGGUGGCUGAGCUGAUCCAGCCCUUUUCAGCUAUUACGGAUCCGAAGUUUUUCUUCCUGCGUGGUGCUGCCAUCGAGUGCCUUGGCUACCUCGCCACUGCUCUGGGCAAGGAGCCGUUCCGUCCGUACUUUGCACCAUCGAUGCCGUUUGUGUUCGCGUCAAUCGAGCUGGAUGACUCGGAGCUGAAAGAGCAAGCGUUCGUGUACUUUAUCAACGUGUCCAGCAUCUUCAAAGAAGAGUUUGCACCGUUCCUCGAUCAGGCAGCUACUCACGUAUUGCAGGCCAUUGUGAGCGAUGAAGGUCUGCGCGUCAUGGACGAUGAUGAUGAUGUCUUGGAGGGACUAAACUCGGACGACGAGGCGGACACCGACGAUAACGUGCUGCGCCACAUCAGCAUCCGUACGGACGCCUUGAACUCCAAGGUUCGCGCUGUGGCGGCUGUGGAGGAGCUUGCGCUCAACUGCGGUGGUCCUGUGUUCGAGCCAUACAUCCCGAAGUUCCUCGAGGCGCUUGCUCCUCUUACGGAGUACAUCCACGAAGACGUUCGUGGCGCAGUGGCCGAAGCUCUGGCUGCGCUUGUCAUCUGCUCUUUCGAGGCGUCGCAUGUCUCGAGCGGCGACGUGCAGGUCUGGACGAAGGGUGAUUUCAACAAGAACAUCUUGACGUCUAACAACGCUGUGAUUGCGUCUGCUGUGAUGAAGAGUCUCGUAGAGGAGCUCCUCGAGGAUCCUGAAGAAGUUGUGGUUGUGAAAGCGUUUAACGCCGUGAAGGCUAUGAGCGCCCGGGUAGGCCCUGUCGUGACAAUGGAUCACAUGAGCGAGCUUAUGCGUAUCACAAAGACUGUGCUUUCCCACGAGCACGUUUGCCAGACAAGCCACGAGGAAGACGAGGACGAUGAGGAAGAAGAGGGUGGCUCCGUACUGGAGAGCGCGUCAGAGUUGAUUGGUGUGCUUGCCAAGUGCUACGGCGAGCACUUCCUGGCUACCUUCCAGGAGCUAUUUCCUGCUCUGAUGUCGUUUGCCACUGGUCUCCGCGCUGCGCGUGACCGUGCCGCUGCUGUGGGCUGCUUCGCUGAGGUACUCCGUGAGCUCGGUCCCGCCGGUCUAGGAUUCGUCGAGAGUGUAUUCCCGGUGGUCCUGCAAGGCCUUGCUUCGGACAACUACGUUCUGAAGGCUAAUAGCGCGUUCUGCAUGGGCAUCCUUGCGGAGAUCAGCGGCGACAAGCUGGCAAGCGCGUACGAGCAGAUGCUCCAGGCUCUGCGACCGCUGUUUGAGACUGCUGACAACGACGAGGUGGUGAUUGACAACGCGUGCGCUGCUGUGGCUCGCAUGAUCAUUGCUGGCGGUGCCAACAUGCCUCUAGAGGUUGUGCUUCCUGUGUUCUUGGGCGCUCUGCCGCUGAAAGCUGACAUGGAUGAGAGUGCCGUUUGUUUCCAGUGUCUGAACGGUCUCGUGAGCUCACAGAACCCAGUCGUGCUCAACUUGAUGCCGCAGGUACUUGACGUGUACAGCAAGGCCCUUGCUCCCACGUCCAUUGUCGAGGAGGAGACACAGACGGAAGUCAAGGCGUGUGUGCGUGGUCUACUUCAAACUUACGAAGCCCAGAUGAAGGAGAUCGUCGCGCAGAUGAGCCCGGACGCUCAGACUGCUCUCAGCUCGGCUCUGAACUGA